AAGUUUAUGUGUUUAGGGAUCUACUAUUUCUUCCCUUCAUUGGAAAAAGUGUCUUCAACUCCAUCUGUCUCUUCCAAGCUCUCGUUGGAAAGGUUGCAGCAUUUUGGCUGAAUUUACUUCGCCGCUCGUAACCUACAACAUAAAAGAUGGGUCGUGUUAUUCGUGCCCAGCGUAAAGGUGCCGGAGGAAUUUUCAAGUCCCACACGAAACAUCGCAAGGGAGCACCUAAAUUUCGUCCUGAAGAUUUCGCCGAACGUCAUGGUUACAUCAAGGGUGUCGUCAAGGACAUCAUCCAUGAUCCUGGUCGUGGAGCUCCUCUAGCAGUGGUCCACUUCCGUGACCCAUACAGAUACAAGACAAGGAAAGAAAACUUUUUGGCUGUUGAGGGAAUGUACACUGGCCAGUUCAUCUACUGUGGCAAGAAAGCCACACUCCAGAUUGGCAAUGUUUUACCUGUUGGCACCAUGCCUGAAGGUACUAUUGUUUGCAAUGUUGAGGAACAACACGGCGAUCGAGGCACUCUUGCUCGUACAUCUGGUAACUACGCCACUGUCAUUGGUCACAAUACCGAUACCAAGAAGACCCGUGUCAAGCUGCCGUCUGGAGCCAAGAAAGUAGUUUCUUCCAACAAUCGCGCUAUGGUCGGUAUUGUUGCUGGUGGCGGACGUAUUGAUAAGCCCAUAUUGAAAGCUGGUCGUGCCUAUCACAAAUACAAGGCUAAACGUAACUGCUGGCCGAUUGUACGAGGUGUGGCUAUGAACCCCGUUGAGCAUCCCCACGGAGGUGGUAACCAUCAACACAUUGGUAAAGCUUCAACCGUCAAGAGAAGCACACCUGCAGGUCGCAAAGUUGGUCUUAUUGCUGCCAGGCGAACGGGUCGUAUCCGUGGUGGCAAAGUCGAAAUUAAGGGUGAUGAUUAAACAUGUUGUCAUCUUGUACCUCCUACCAAUACACGUUGGAGCAGACCAAA